GGGAGCUGUAACUAUCUCGCCACCGAACCUAUUACUUUUCCAAGUUCAGAAAAGUAUUACAUGAACAGGAACCAUUCCUUAUUCAGAUAAGAAUUCAAGAAGUUGACUACUUCAGGAGGGAAUCUGAAAAAUGACGGGAGCAAAGAGGAAGAAGAGAAGCGCGCUGUGGGGCAAGAUGCACGCCCCCCACCGAGAAGACAUUAAGCAGUGGUGUAAGAGGCGCCUACCUAUCUUGGAAUGGGCCCCGCAGUACAAUCUGAAGGAAAACCUGCUCCCAGACACUGUGUCUGGGGUAAUGUUGGCAGUUCAACAGGUGGCACAAGGGAUGUCCUUCGCUAUGCUUUCAUCUGUACACCCAGUUUUUGGUUUGUAUGGAUCUCUGUUUCCAGCCAUCAUUUAUGCUAUAUUUGGAAUGGGACGUCAUGUUGCCACAGGCACCUUUGCCUUGACAUCCUUGAUAUCAGCCAAUGCUGUGGAACGGCUGGUCCCGCAGAGCAGCAGGAACCUCACCUCACAGAGCAACUCAAGUGUGCUGGGCUUAUCCGAGUUCGAGCUGCAGAGAAUCGGGGUUGCAGCAGCUGUUUCUUUCUUGGGUGGAGUGAUUCAGCUGGUCAUGUUUGUGCUGCAGCUGGGCAGUGCCACAUUCCUGCUCACAGAGCCUGUGAUCAGUGCCAUGACCACGGGGGCAGCCACCCAUGUCGUGACGUCACAAGUCAAGUAUCUCUUGGGGAUCAAAAUGCCGUAUAUAUCCGGACCACUGGGAUUCUUUUAUAUUUAUGCAUAUGUCUUUGAGAACAUCAAGUCUGUCCAGCUGGAAGCACUGCUCUUAUCCUUGCUGAGCAUCAUUGUCCUUGUUCUCGUUAAAGAGCUGAAUGAACAGUUUAAAAGAAAAAUUAAAGUUGUUCUCCCUGUCGACUUAGUUUUGAUCAUUGCUGCCUCAUUUGCUUGCUAUUGUACCAACAUGGAAAACACAUACGGAUUAGAAGUAGUUGGGCACAUUCCAAACGGGAUUCCUCCUCCCCGCGCUCCCCCAAUGAACAUCCUCUCUGCAGUGCUCACUGAAGCUUUCGGAGUUGCACUUGUAGGCUACGUGGCCUCGCUGGCUCUUGCACAAGGAUCCGCCAAGAAGUUCAAAUAUUCAGUUGAUGACAACCAGGAAUUUUUGGCCCAUGGCCUCAGCAACGUGAUCCCUUCAUUUCUCUUCUGCAUCCCAAGCGCUGCCGCCAUGGGAAGGACCGCUAGUCUGUACAGCACGGGCGCAAAGACGCAGGUGGCUUGUCUAAUAUCUUGCAUUUUCGUCCUUAUUGUCAUCUAUGCAAUAGGACCUCUGCUGUACUGGCUGCCCAUGUGCGUUCUUGCAAGUAUUAUUGUUGUGGGACUGAAGGGAAUGUUAAUACAGUUCCGGGAUUUAAAGAAAUACUGGAAUGUGGAUAAAAUCGAUUGGGGCAUAUGGAUCAGUACUUACAUUUUUACAAUAUGCUUUGCUGCCAAUGUGGGAUUGUUGUUUGGUGUUGUCUGCACCAUAGCUAUCGUGUUAGGACGCUUCCCAAGGGCAAAGACUUUAAGCAUAACAGACAUGAAAGAAGUGGAAUUGAAGGUGAAGACAGAAGUGCAUGAAGAAGCCUCGCAACAGAUAAAAAUCAUCUCAAUAAACAACCCACUUGUUUUCCUGAAUGCAAAGAAAUUUAGUGCUGAUUUGAUGAAAAUAAUCCUAAAGGAAAGUGACAGCAACCAACCACUUGAUGAUGUCAGCAAGUGUGAACAGAACACCUUGCUCAGUUCCCUGUCCAACGGCAACUGCAAUGAUGUUUCCCAGCCCUGCUGCUCCAGUGAGAAGUGUUCUUUGGUCCUGAAUUGCAGUGGCUUGACCUUUUUCGACUACACAGGAGUCUCCACGCUUGUUGAGCUCUACCUUGAUUGCAAGAGCAGGAGUGUGGAUGUGUUCUUAGCCAACUGUACAGCAUCCUUGAUAAAAGCAAUGACAUACUAUGGAGACCUAGACACUGAAAAACCAAUUUUUUUUGACUCGGUACCUGCUGCAAUAAGUAUCAUCCAAUCAAAUAAGAAUUUGAGCAAGGCCAGUGACCACAGUGAAGUCUGAGGCCAGUGUGUUGAAGUGCAUGCCUCAUCUUUAGCACCUGCCCCAAAGAGGCCAGAUCCUGGCAUUUUGCACACAUUUUGGUGUAUAUACAGUAUAUCACUCAGUAAGAAUGAUAUGACUUGGCAACUGCAUAGCCACUGGCCAAGACUUGCUGACCUCCUAUUUUUCUAAUUUUUCUUAAUAAACAGAUUCAUUUAGUUAUUUCAUAUAGGCAUCAAUAUGCAUUUAGCUUUAGUUUACUGAACAGUAAACAUGCUUUUAUUUCCUGUUAUGAGAGUAUUUUGUAUGGUAUUAUUUCUGUUUUGUUGUAAACUAACAAGUGGAGAAACACCUUUUUUUUUCAAAAAUGGUUUGAAUUAUUUAGAAUCCAUUUGUAAAAAAAUAUUAUGAUCAUCUAGUUAAAAAAAAAGAGUGUUAGCAAAUGUGCCAUUUCUCCAUAAUUUUUAUCCCAAAGUUAUUUAAACAUCAGUAAGAUAAAGACUUUAUACAGUGAAAAAUGAAAUCUACAGAUAUAAAGCAGUUUAGAAAAAGACAACAUAGAAGUUAUUAAUGUCAAUACCCAUCAACACAAUCACUCUGACAAUAUUCACAUAUUCAACUAUGAGUUCAUAUGUGGAAGAAAACUGGUGUUUUAGUAAAACCAAGUUCUUGACAUUAAUCUGUUGAGUUGUGGAUAAUGGAAAUCAUUUGUGUAUUCAAUCAGAUAAUUCUGAUUUCUGUGUUGCCACACAAAAGAUAUUCUGCUUUCAGACUUACUUUAUUGAAACCAGAGAAUUUGAGAAUUUGACAUGUAAUUUUUUCACAAAUAUGAUCUUUUCAAUAACAAAAUAUCACAAAUAGAGUGCUUUUGGAUACAAGAUUAACCUUUAAAUUUUUUGAAUUUUCUACUUGAAAUAUAAAAAGUCAGUAAAAUAUAAUCUGUUUUCAAUCUAUGCCAAGAUAGACAGAUGGCAGAUAGAACAACAGACAGAGAGACAGAAGACAGGUAGGCAACAGACAGACAGAUGACAGAUAGAUGUCAAUGGUAUGUUUUCCAUUUUCUUUUGUUAGAGGUGAGCUUGAAUGUGAUUAUCUGUAAAUUUGCUCAAAUAAUAGCAUAAUAUACAACACUAAUGGCCAGAUAUGAGUUUAAACGUUUUUCAUGCUUGUAUAUUUUAUUUUUAACUAUAUACAAGCAUGCAAUCUCACAAUUUUCUAAUAAAUUAUCUUAUAUAUGAUGCCGUAGAUUAAAUUAUGCUUUAUUCUUAAUGGCAUCUAAACUAUUAUACAGUCUUACUAACACUGUCAGAAAACAAAAAACAGGUCCUGCAAAAAGAGUUUGAAAAACAAAUUAAAAAUAGAAAUUAAACAUUGGCCUUCUAGUGUAGUUCCUAUGGGCAUCUGUAAGAGCAAAUUCUAACCCCUGUCCAAGUGACAGGUUGGAAUAUUUCUUAGGCAAUGCAAGGUAAACAUUCACAUGGUCCAUCAUUUUAACACCUCAGUUUUUGGUAGGAUGAAAUAAUAAAUGAAGAUGCCAAAAAUAGUGUUCCAAAUUUUCAUGGGCAUUUUCAUUUUUACUGAAACAAAUUCAAAAGAACAGUCUUGGUUCCCCAAAUCACUUCAAUCUCUUCGUCACGUACUGGGGCAGUGCCAAGUAAGGUGACCAGUGUUGUCUGUCAGAUGCUUUUCUAAGGGAAGGUUGAGGGAGACUUAGGAAUAGUUUCCUUAUAAAAAGGAGUCUUAUUCUAUACCACCCACACUCAUCUUUCUAAUGGUACACGGUGGUGAUAUUCUUCAUCCCCAAUCCAUUGGACUCUAUCAUAUAAUCAUGAGUCAGGCAGAGCCAAGAAAAGAAAUAUAUUAUGGUACAUAUAAAGUGAUAUUUUGCUUUACAAAUUUGACCUUAAUUAAACUCAUGAAUUGUAGGCAUUUUUAAUUUUUUGUAGACCGUGAACCCUGUCUGAUAUUGAAGUCAUUAUUGUUGGAUGGCUUGUUCUGUUUUGUUGUUAAUGCUCAGACAGUAUUGUCUCAGAAAUUGCAUCUGAGUGCAUUUAAGUAUGUAGAGUAUAAGUUUAAUGCAUAGAAAGUUAACCCCAUUAAUUUCAGUAUCAAACAUUGUUACAGUCAAAGACAAGGAAGACCAAACCACACACUGUAUGAAGUCCACUGCACUAUAGUUGAUGCCAAGACCACAAUGACUGUUGACCCCAAGAAAGUCUCUUGACUUAGGCUCUGAGACUCCAAGGACUGCACAUAAGUUUUAGACAUAUGAGUGUAUCUCAAAGCAGAAGCAGAGAAAACAGAAGCUACGGCAUGGCUCUCGUGUUGCAAUGUUUUCUUUCAGCACACUGACCUAUUCUUAUGGGGCCAUGUUAUUUUUAUAUGAUAAACUCCCUUCCAUAGAACUUAUUAAAGUAAAAUAACAUAAAAAAACUGACCUAUACAAGUGUUAAGAACCUAAUAUGACAGACAUGAAAUAUGUAACUAGGAAAAACUGUCAACAUUAAACAUCACAUUUAUGCAAAUUAAGUGCCCUUAAAAUUUUGCCAUUUGUCUUUCAUUUUAAAGGUUAUUUGCCCUCAAUUAUAUAGUUUCAGUGUUAUAAAGCUUAGCUUAAACUCCUUUGCAAUAAUUUAUUUGACAGAACUCCAUUCGAAAACCAUGCAAUGUAAUGAGAACAGAGAUCUUUCCUUUUUAAUGAAAACAUUAGCGUGUUAAUACCCUGUAUGAAUAAUGUCUGACAUUCAACAAUUAUGGAAAUAUGUUGGUAUGUUGCUGAACAUACAUACACCUCUGAAAUGCCAGUUCUGCGUUCUGUGAGCGGGUGAUCUGACUUGAUAUCACAUAUGCUUUCUGGCAGCGAGUUUAUUGCCAGAUUUUAAACAGGGAGUUAUGUGGUGCUUGUGGCGCAUUCAGAACCCAAAGAUUUGUAGUCCGGAAUCAUGUAGUCUAAUAUGCUGCACUUAUUUUUAUAUUUUUCA